GAAUUAGAACGAAGAAAGCCCUUAAACCUCAGAUGCACAACUUUCAAAAGGCGUCUCUUAAAGGUCUUGUCACCAAUCACUUUGUUAUCUGGUAUUGUUUACAGUGUUGCACACUUUUUAUAUUUGUCAGGAACACAGAAUAUUCACAAAGUAAGACAGCAGAGCAAGCGAGUGUGAGGAAGUCAGCUUUCCUUCCUCUGUUUUGCUGUAUCUGCUAUCUCAGAUGUCUCAGUCGUUUGUUUCAGCUUCUGAAAAUGAAUAUCUUUCAAGAAUCCUGCUGCUCCAUUUUUGGUAUUCUAUUGUUUUUCCUUCUUCAGGGGUCAUGUGUGAUUGUACAUAAAGCUGUUGGGAGCUCCCUGCAUUUAAUGCAUGAUAUUCCAAAAGAAAACCUUAGUCUGGUACAAUGGAAAUUAAAUGGGACAAUCUUUGCAGAGUAUGAUGGAACUAAGCUUAAAGACUUGAAAAAAGUUUUUGCCGGAAGGUUAAGGACGAGUGAUAUUAGUGUAACAGUAGAAGAACUUCAUUUCCAGGAUUCUGGAAGCUUCUCCAUUGUUGCAGAAGGACCCCAUUCUAAGCAAUAUAAAACAAAAGUAAUUGAGCUACAUGUGCAAGAUCUCAUCAGAAAUGUACAGAUUAAGUCCAAUUUUACCUGGCAGGAGUCAAAAAAUAUGUGCACAUUUCAUCUUCACUGUCUGGUCUCUGGCAAUCUGAAGCCGUCCUACAGCUGGAGUGGCUUUGAGGUUGGGAGUGAACAACAUCUACAUUUCAGUCUCCAUCCAGCAAUGAGCGUCACACUCAAUUGCACAGCCAAUAACAGUGUCAGCAUUAAGUCUGCUACCUUGACAGUGAAGUGCAGUGAGGAGUCUAUAUCAAGUUUUCUUCAGUACAAGUAUUUGAUGAUUGCAGUAGGAACUGGAAUUGUGGGAAUUGUCAUGCUCAGCGGAAUCAUAGCAGUGUGCUGCAGGUGGAGGACCCGUAAAGGAAAAGGGGACAGUGAGGCAGAGAUAACAAUGUAUGAAGACGUGAACUCUGGUGGCACAGCCAAGAAAAAGAAACGAACAGAAAGUGUUGUGAAUGGGAUAUCUAUUUAUGAAACAGUAGAUGACACAAGAAUCAAGUCAAACAUGCCUCAAACUCUUUAUGACAAAAUCAACUAUCAACGUCACCCUGCUGUUGGCCCAAGCACUUCCUCUCCCUACCAAGAAGUUCUUUGAAUAAGACACAGAUGGACUGUUUAUGUUUCAUUUCGAGCUUACACCUCUGGAUCUGUUUAAUCACCUUACCAUAUGUAUUAUAGUCUGAAUCUGGUGAGUUUGGACCCUGUGAUUGAACCCGUGCAUUAAAUUUAUGUUUUAUUAAAUGUAACAUUGAAACACUUUAUGCAUGCUGUAGCUAUAACUUUCAAGUGCAAGUUGCAGUUCACCCUAAAGAUGCAACCGCCCAAGUUUAGCAAUAAACCAAUCUCAGUAUAAUAGUGUGAAUACAUAUUCUGAGUGACUCUAUAUUUUCUUUUGGAAAACAUAUUUGAAAAGAGAAGCCAUUCACUCACACCCUGCAAUUGACUUUUGUAUGAUUAGUAAAUCAGCACUAAUGGGUGAAACAAAAUGCCUUGAAUUGCUUUGAACUGUGAUAAUCUGUUGACAAUUGAGAGAAUAAGCAUGUCUUGGCUUUGCAUGUAUUUAUGGUACUUAAACUCUGAACAUGUUUAUCAUUGAAUGGAAGAGAAAUAAAUGUUUACUGAUGGCAUAUUGUAACUCAUCCAAACAGCCGCUCUAGUGACAACAGAACAGUCAUUAACGUUAAUGAUACCCCUUGCAUUGGGUAUGGUAUUGUACAGUAAGUCAAAUUCUAGCUAAAUUUUCCUAUCUAUGAAUAUCUAGGAGUAACCAUUGCUAGAUUAACUGCUUUCCUGUGAUGCAAAGCAAAGGUUUUAAAAUGGAGCUCCACCAUAGAAUCUUGCUACAUUUACAUCAUUGGCAAAUGUUUACUGAUUGGUCACUCAAUUCCCUCAAAUAACUUCAUUGUUUCCAUCAGCACAAUUAAUUCCUUUUUACCUACUUUUUCCAUACCACCCCCUCAUUUGUUUCAGAGUAGAUUAGUAUAUCUGCACUAUAUGGGCAAAAGUAUGUAACGAACCGAAUACCACACCCAAAUGUGCUUGAAAGUUUAAUUUCAAAAUUAUAGGCAUUAACCCCUCCAUUUGCUAUAACAACUUCCAGUCUUCAGGGAAAGCUCUCUACUAGAUAUUGGAACAUGGCUGUGGAGAUUUACAUCAAAAGCAUCAGUGAAGUCAGGCACUGAUGUUGGGCAUUGGGACAUGGCUUACAGUCAGUGUUCCAGUUCAUACCAAAGGUGUUCAGUGUGAAUCAGGUCUGGGUCUUGAGAAGGCCAGUCAAGAUCUUUCACAUCAGACUCCGUAAACCAUGUCUUUAUGGACCUCGCUUUGUGCACAGGGGCAUUGUCAUGCUUGAACAGAAAAAGACCCACUCCCAAACUUUUGCCACAAAAUUUGAAGCACACAAUUUUCAAAAUGUGUUAUUGUAUGGAGUAGCAUUAAGCUUUGUUCUCACAUGAACUACUACUAAUUAGAAGGGAUGGCCAUAUACUUUUAUGUUUAAUUAAUUAAUUAAUCCACCUGCCAGCUUGAUCUUGCACCUUAAACACAUUGCAUGUUAUCACAACACCCAAUUCCCACCUUGCCUAUACUUUUCUUGCAACUGGCAUUAUCCCAUUAACCCUAAAUUUGCAGCUGGCUCUUCAAUACUUAAGAAAUAUUUUCAGGCCCUUAAGUAUUACACAAAUAUCCAACCCAAACUCAAAUAAAAAACUAAAAGAUGUUUGUUAGUGGAGAAAAAAAAAAUAUUGGGAAAAACCAGGUUCAGCUGGGGGAGCCAGUUUCCCUCUGGCUAUACAGCAUGAAUACAAUGGCAAUAUCAGCUAUGUGUAAUACAAGUCAUGUAUUAGUUGAGUAAAAUUACUAGAUUUUUGGUGGGCAAUGUUUAAAUUAAAGAAUAUUAAUUGAACUGUAAGAUUAAUGAUUGUGUAAAAUGUGUGAUGAAUAAACACAGAAACAAUGUCCAA